AUGCCCGUCGUCGUCAACCAUAACACGCACCAGGGCCUCAAGCUCGUCAACGGGGCCAGCUAUACGGCUUUGGAAGUCAUCGUCGACAAGACAUUUCCCGGAUACCGGGUCUCGGCCAAUACGAUACUCCACUUUGGGCCCCCGGCGGGGAUCCUGCUCACGGCGGAAACGACUAGGGACUUCCACUUCGUCGGCAUGCCGCCCGGGACAAUACUGCUGACGCCGAUGAGAAUAAAGAUAGAAUGCCAGCGGAAACGUCCAUGGCAGCGGCAUGACGUCACCCGGAAAGGCCUGCCGUGCACUCCAGCGUUUGCAUGCACCGACUACAAAGUCCAAGGGAGAACGCUGAGGCGGGUGGCGUUGGAACUGCGCGGAACCAGGACGACGAAUAUCGAUGGUAAGAUGGUGCCAAGCCAGUGCGACCCAUACAGUCUAUACGUGCAGCUGUCGCGCUGCCCGUCGCUCGACGGCAUCAUGCUAGUAUCGAAGGCGCGUGAGAGGGACCUCAGUCGUAAUCAGAGCGAAGCUCUUAAGUUCGGGUGCAACAGCAUAAGACCUUUCGUUCCCCAAGGCAUGGAGAACCAGGAAUGA